AUGUCUGCCAACGACCAGAGCGACCAGGUCACAAAGACCCAGAACCCCGACCAGUUCUUCCAGGCUAUCGGGAACAAGGUCGAGGACCUUGCGCCAGCCACAAAUGGAGCUGAUACCUCAGAUGAUAGACCCCCGGUGGAGGAAAUCGAAUCACUCUGCAUGAACUGUGGUAAGAAUGGAAUCACCAGGCUCCUCCUCACCGUCAUCCCCUACUUCCGCGAGGUCGUCAUCAUGUCCUUCGCCUGCGAGCACUGCGGCCUCCAGAACAACGAAAUCCAAGCCGCCGGCACCGUCCAGCCCAAGGGAACGCACUACGAGCUCCGAUUAACACACCUCGAUGACUUCCAGCGCCAGGUCGUCAAGUCAGACACCGCCACCGUCAAAUUCAUAGAGCUCGACCUCGAGAUCCCCGCCGGACGAGGCCAACUCACAAACGUCGAGGGUCUACUGACGACCGUUGUCGACGACCUAGAACUCGGCCAGGAGGCGCGGAAAGAACAGUCGCCCGAGGUGUACCCAAAGAUCGCCGAGAUUAUCGCCAAGGGUCGCGCCAUGCUCCUUGGCGACGCAUUCCCCUUCCGCGUCUUCGUCGACGACCCGGCUGGAAACUCCUUCAUCGCCCCCGACCUCAAGGAUGGCGUCGGCAAGUGGGAGAAGCGGGAGUUCCUCCGCACCCCAGAGCAGAACGCCGCCCUCGGACUCGCUGACAGCGCCGCCGACCCCGACGCCGCCGUUUCCACACAGGCCCUCACAGCCGACGGCGAGAUCAUCCCCGACGAGGUAUACAGCUUCCCAGCCACCUGCCCAGGCUGCAUGCACCCCUGCACGACACACAUGAAGAUGGUCGACAUCCCCCAUUUCAAGCAGGUCGUCAUCAUGUCCACAGUCUGCGACGCCUGCGGCUACCGCUCAAACGACGUCAAGACCGGGGGCGAGAUCCCGGAGCAGGGCGAGAAGAUCAUCCUCAAGGUCGAGGAUGCCACGGACCUCGCCCGCGAUAUCCUCAAGAGCGAGACAUGCGCGCUCCAGUGCCCCGAGCUCCGGCUCGAGGUCAACCCGGGCACCCUCGGCGGCCGCUUCACCACCGUCGAGGGCCUGCUCACCCAGGUCCGCAACGACCUGCACAGCCAGAUCUUCGAGGCCAACGCCCACGGCGGCGACUCCCUCGCCUCUGACCAGAGAGCGCAGUGGGACGAUUUCUUCGGCGGCCUAGACGCCGCCAUCAAGGGGGACGUGAUAUUCACCGUCAUCCUAACCGAUCCUUUUGCCAGCAGUUUUGUCCAGCCACUCGUCGACCCACCAGCCCCAGAUCCCAAGAUACAGAGAGAGAAGUAUGACAGAACGGAGGAAGAGGAGGAGGAGUUAGGACUCAAAGAUAUGAAGGUGGAAAAUUAUGAAGAGCCAAAGAAGGAGGGUGAUGCCGAGCCCAAGGUAUGA